AUGGUCAUAGGACUGGGGUGCAUCUGGUUCACUGUCGGAUCCGUCGUCGCAUCAUCCGCGUACUCAGUAGCCCUAAUGUCCAUCGCGCGAUUCAUCAUCGGAGUAGGUAUGGGCUUCGAAACUAUGGUCACCCCAGUAUACACCUCCGAACUCUCCCCAUCCUCCCGCCGUGCCCCCCCACCCUCCAACAUCCAAGCCCUCGUCCAAGUAAUCCAAGACGUCAACCGCUCCGUCUCCUUCGACCAAGGGCCCCGUAACGCGCUCUGGUCCUGGAAACAACUCCACCUCUUCCCCUCCCACCUCCGCUCCCUAAUCACCGCCUGCAGCCUGAUGGCCCUGCAGCAGCUCUCCGGCUUUAACUCCCUAAUGUACUACUCCGCCACGCUGUUCAAUAUAAUGGGGUUCUCGAGACCCAUCGAAGCAGGCCUCAUCGUCUCCGGCACGAACUUCCUCUUCACGGCUCUAUCGCUCCUGUUCGUCGAUCUCGGCCGCCGUCGUUUGUUAGUUUGUACCGUGUGGGGGCUACCGGUUGCGUUGGCGAUGGCCGCGGGCGCGUUCUCGAAGGUCAAUGUCGAUGGUAAUCUAGAGCUAGUCACCACCCCACCGUUUGUGGGCGAAACCUUUUAUGCCAUCGCGCUGGGGAAUGUGCCCUGGUUAGCUAAUGAGCUUUUGGCCCUGGAGGUAAGGGCCGUGAGUACGGCGAUGUUGACUAUGGUUUGUUGGGGCUCGAAUAUACUUGUCUCGGCUACUUUUCUUUCCCUUGUGAGCGCCAUCUCGGCGUCUGGGGCGUUUGGGCUUUACGCUGGGGUUUGUUUCGUCGGGUGGGUGAUUAUUACUUUUACGUAUCCGGAAACGGCCGGGUUAGAGCUGGAGAGUAUUCCACAGGUGUUUGAGCAUGGGUUUGGUGUUCGUAUCUCAGUGUUCAGUCAUGAUAUAUACCAGUGA